UUCAGAUAGUGAUCACGGGGAUACCGAUCGCGGCAGUGAUGAUGAAGAUAUUACGGCGUGUUGGGAGGAAGCCUGGGCCUUCAUGGGUAAAUUAUCACCCAUUGAAGGCCUGAGAACAUGGGCUAUUGUUAAAAACGUGCCGCGAACGACGCUCAAUUUACUUUUGGCGGUCUUGCGGAAUUAGUAUCAUUUAGACGUUCCAAAAGAUGCGCGGACAUUCCUCAAAACCCCCACCGAGGUCGGUUUGGAAGUACAAACGAUCUCGGGCGGUGAAUUUUGGUACCAGGGGAUUGAGACGGUCCUACGCAACUAUUUUAGAAAUACCAUUCCCGAACACGACACUUUAAAAAUACAAAUGUCGAUCGACGGGCUUCCCCUAUUUAAGAGUUCCACUAAGCAAUUGUGGCCAAUUCUAAUAUGGGUGGAAAGUUUGCCUGAGGCUCCGGUAAUGCUUGUCGGGCUUUUUUGCGGACAAACUAAACCGGGGCUGGUGGAAGAGUUCUUGGGCCCACUAGUGGAGGACUUUAAUAGACUCCAAGAAACAGGCUUGCGGUUCGGUGACAAAGUGGUACGCUUAUUACCAAGCGCAUUUGUCGCCGAUUCUCCAGCGCGGGCAUUUGCUAAAGGUAUGCAAAGUACUAUUGUUAUGAAAAUUAAGAAUAUUUUUUUAUUUUAUGUUUUGUUUCUUUCCAGGUACAGUUUACUUUAAUGCAGCGCAUGGGUGCUUAAAGUGUACCUGUGUAGGGGUACACCUCAACUCGGAGCACAAAAUGAUUUUUGAAUCCGUGGACGCCGAACUGCGUACGGACGACGGCUUUAAACAACGAGUAGACAAAGACCACCACAAACCAUGGCGAUCACCAUUAGAAAAGCUCAAAAAUUUUAAUAUGAUCGACGGUGUUCCCUACGAAGGUCUCCAUCAGUUUGAUCGCGCGGUGACCCUAAAGCUUGUUCUAGGGUUAUACGAGGGAAUUUUUGAAAAUUUUGACAAGUGGUCACCCCGACAAAAGGAAGCCGUGAAUACUUUUUUGAUAAAGACACGGCUUCCUUCGGAAGUGAAUCGCCCUAUGCGAUCCUUCCGCUUUCGCCAUUUUUGGAAGGCCACCGAAUUUCGGUCCUUCCUUCUUCAUAUUAGUAUUGCGGUCUUGAAGGAUUUUAUGUCUUUUGAUGCAUUCAAUCACUUCUUGUGCUACUUUUGCAGUGUGACGAUUUUUAAUUCAACGGCACACAAGCAUCUUUGGCCUCUUGCGGAAAAGUUCUUAUACAACUUUGUAAAGAACUUUCCGCAGUAUUAUGGUCGAGCCCAUAUGACCAGCAACGUCCACAAUCUCCUGCACGUGUCAGGAGACGUUAACAUGUUUGGAGCGGUUCCUGAAUAUUCCGCAUAUCGGUAUGAGAAUUUUCUUCAAAUUGUACGCCGAUAUGUGAGAUCGGGCACGCAUGUAGUAACACAGGUAGCCGGCCGUAUGCAAGAAAUUGCAUCAGUGCAAGUGGCUACCAAUCGUGUUACUCAAACAUACCCCCGGUUGAAGGUCAAUGGUGCCGGUAUACACGUAACCGCCGAUUUUGUCCUACUGCCAAACUUUAAGGAUCAAUGGUUUUUAACCACCGAAAAUGGCAUUAUAAAAUUUUUAGAAGCGAAGAGGAUUUCUUCGCUGUUGUACACCGUAAUUGGAAUCCAGUAUGAAACCUGGACGGAACAGUUUAGUGCGUCGGUAGACGGUGAUCAGUUAUCGUCUACCGACCUACACAUCUAUAAGAUAGAUGAAAAUGGUCCGUCCAGGUCGGUGGAAAUACCACAUUAUGCGAUCAAGUGCAAAUUUGUUGCACUUCGCCUACCCUCUACUUCCUUUAAACAUCCUGAUCCGCAACUAUCUUCCAGUCUAAUCUCCUUAACUCCCCUUCUUCAUACUUUUCAAUAAACUAACUGUAUCAAUUAACAUAUUUCAUGUAACCCGUCACUAACUGUCCUGUUUUCUGAUUAACAUUUUUAUUAAUUUAUUAUUGCCUAUAUUUUAAGUUCUAUUCCUUUUUUAAUUUAUAUGAUCGCAUACGAUGUGUUUCAAUCACUAUACUGGAUCUUUGUUGCCCGAUUUAACGUGGGCCGACCACUUUUACCGCUUUGUGCAUUAUAAAGCUCACAAUGGUCAUUUGUUAAGGUUUUUUUUAAUAACAUGGUUUGGCUAGAUUAGUAUAUUAACACGGUUAGGUUAAGUAGUAUAUUAGAUAGUAUUAGAAUAGCAGAUUUUUUAUGGGGAGCCAAUGACGAUUGUUGGUACAUAGCUUUAUGUUUGCGAUGCGGGGCCCCAUGCACUGUAAUGCCCGCGUUUCCGCAAGUCUUGUACUAGUGAGGUGUUGAGAUCUCUAAUUAAGAGCUACUGUGUCCUCGUGAUCAUGGAAGCAGGAUUUUUAUGGUAGGAUAUGAGUGAUGGUUGUUUUAAUUCUUUAAUUGUUUAAUUUUUUUUUUGUCUAUUUGGAUUCUACCCAUUUCGACUAACAAACUAAUACACUAACAUGCUCUGCAAAGGGAUGGGAUCCGAAGCCCCUUUGAGGGAUAAUAGAGGCUCUCCCAUUCAACUCCUAUUCCGACACGUCCUUGUCGUGCAGAGUGUUAACAUGUGCCAGCCAAGCUACGAUACACGGACUAGUUUGCAACUACUCGGGCGGAUGGUGGCACAUGGCAAAUCGGAAAGGGGAUUGUAAAGGAAAGUAAUUGGGAUGUUUCAAUGCCUGGCGGGAUAAAAUAAAUUAACACAGGGAUACAUUAACAUUAAACAAGGUGCAAGAGACAUUUUAUUUAUAAGAAAGGGAAUUAUUAUUAAACAGUUUAAAUAUGCUCGUGGGGUUCAUUUUUAUGUUCCAGGAAACUUUUUUAACAUGAAGUAUAACGACAGUAGAGGAAAGAUGGAUCGAUAACGAGUACUGUAAGUUAAUGUUUAUAAUUAAAGUCAAAGGACUUGCGUGGAACAAAUUGAUGUGACAUUCAUAAGUUUUAAACAUGACUUAAUUCUUAACAUUUAAGAAAUCGCACGGCAAAUGUUCGUGUUUAAUUUAGUUUAUUUUUUAUUUUACUUUUUUAGGUAACCAGACAUCAACUUUACCGCGAAGACUGACUUUAUUCUGGCGGGGAAAAUUUAUAGUUCCUUCUCUCAUGCCCGGUGUGCACCCGGAUGCUUUUACCGUUGAUUAAGGAUAUCUACCAGUAGGGUAUUUGCGUCAAAUCGAACGGUGCUUCGUGCUGUGAAUGCGGCUCACUUUGUCAAUAUCGUACACAACUAUAGAAACACGCCAUCACGCAACUGCCACGAAAACAAGCACUAAAAUAACCGAAUUGUUGGGCCUAACGAACAUGAUGGUCCAGUGCACCACAAUGGGAGGGUUUUUUUGCUAGUGCUUUCUAUUUCAUGAUGUUCUCGAACGUAUACCACAUAAACAAUUACAUCGUCAGGCAAGUACACUUUGGAGACCACGAUUCGAAACACACUCUAAUGCAAAUAUGUUUUAUGUAUUUUCAGGUUGCAGUAUAUGUCAUGUAUGGCUGGAUUCCUGUAGAAGUAAGAGGUCUAGCAAUCCGUGGCCAGACUAUCCAAGUAGAUGACAUUAAUCAAUUAAAACUAUGAAGCUGGAUAUGCUUUAAUAGACUCUCUUACAGAAGGCAAAACCUCGAAGGAGUAAUUAUCUAUUAGGUUUUACAGGUGAACAAAAUUAGCAACUCCCGAUCGAAUUGCACACAACAACCACCCACAAUCACAGCUGUAAAAGUAACACGGAUAGGUAGCAAGGAAAUCAAGCUUGUACACAGAAAUCUACACAAAAACUGGGUUUUAUAAGCGCACGAAAAGCGACGCGGCUAUCUUUGAAUAAAAAGUAAACAAAAGAGUUUCGUUUUAAUUUAA